AUGGUGGGCGACACUUGGCAGCCGCCCGCGGUCGCCGCUUGCAUUACCGGCCACGUUCGGACGCUCAGCAUCACCGCGUCCAACAUAUUCGAGACGAUGAUUGCGCCGAUUCGUGAUCAUGUCGAUGUAUUCUCCGCCCUCAGUCCUGUGAUUGAUGAUCGCUAUCCGCCACGGAACGCAUGGCAUCCAAAAUAUCAGAGCCAGACAGGCCCGAGGAAAAACAGCACGACGACGAUGACGAAAGAUCGCAUUGAGCAGUGGAUGCACAUCUUCAGUCCGAUCAGCGUGGACGUCGAGACGACCACGAACGAAAACGAAGGUCUUCAUCGCUGCUUCCAGAAAGUGCAGCGGCGUGAACGGGAGCGCCACUCGCUCUAUCGCUUCCUUCUGCGGCUGCGCCCGGACGUUGCGUACCAAACGCGGCUGCCCGAGUGGCCGGCGUGGUGGAAUUUGGUUCGGCACGCAGAAAGUAGUCUAGCGCUCACCGACGUCAGCUCACCGAACACAAGCUGCUUCAAGGACGUGUGGUCGCUCAUGACGCGGGCGGCGGCGGCGGCCUACUUUGCGCCCUCGUGGCCGCCGCCAUGCGCUCCGCGAACAGCUACCGCCGCAUGGUUGGGCACGGCCGAGUGCAGCCUUGGCUGUGCCUUGCACCGGGCCAACGUGACCGCGGUGGCUGUUCCGCUGCAGCGACUCAUUGUGCGCCAGUGGCAUGGCAUGAGCCAGCUUCCAAAGUCCACGGCCAGCCUCCCACGACUCGCCUGGGACGCGAGUAUCGGGGGAGAUUCGAGGAGAUUUCGAUAA